UCAUGGGAGCCGGGCGAGCGGCGGGGCUGCUGCUGCUGGUUGUGCUACUGACGAUGCCUAGAGCCCGAGCGAACUGCGGGGAGAGAGAGUACUCCCAUCAAGAUCACUGCUGUGUGUUUUGUGAAGCAGGUACCUUUGUUGCUGAUCACUGCAAUACUUCACAUUUGCAAGGAAAAUGUGACCCUUGCAAGGAAGGAAAAAGCUUUACUGCCCAUGCCAACGGCUUGGAGCACUGCUUGGCUUGCAGACAGUGCAAAGAAGGUCAGAUAACUCUGAGACCCUGUACCCUGACACAGAAUGCUGAAUGCCAGUGCAAACCAGGGUAUUUCUGUGAAGAUGAGGGCUGUGAAAUAUGUCGGAGAAUCAGUCAAGAGCAUCUGGACGGGAAAGAAAUCAUGAAUUCCACUGAUACCAUGGAACUAGGCUUAACUAAUCAAGUGAAGGAAGCUCAUGAUUGGUUUAUUCUGGGGCUUGUGUUGGCUGCUUUGGUUUUCCUCGUUGUCAUUGUUGUUCUUGUUAAAAAGCUGAAGUGUGAUAAAGCUGCUGCAACUGUUAAAGAUAUAGAGGGGCGUCUGAUCUCUGCUAGGAUGUGUUCCUGUGAUGCAACAAGUUGUGAUUCAUGCAAGGUCCAUAAGUGGCUCAAAUAUGUGAAACACCCCAGGUUUUUUGUUGGGUUGUAUCUCCCCUCACGCCCUGGCCAGAUUUGCAGCACUUCACCUAUUUAUAGAAGCUGAUGAAGAAACGUGACAAAAAACCUGGUCAAAAAAUGCUGUAGCAUAGGAAUAGCAAAUAUAACAUGUCUUUAAUUUCAAUAAAAUAGUUGCAGAGUGAUGCAGUUACAAAUUGGUGCAUGGUGCCACUUGUCUCUCAUCUAAGAGCUGUCACAGGCAGAUGCAAAGUCUUGCACUUGGAGUGCUCAUGCUUCUGUAAGAGCUUCUUUGCUAAGGAGAAUUCCACUGAUGCAGUCCUGAGGCUGAGUAUUUUGGCACCCACACACGCUCCCUCCCAAAGAACCAGUGAAUUCCUACAGCUCUAAUGCCCCCAACAGCUGCUGAUACUUGAAUAGCUGAUGCUGGGUUUUGAAACAAAAGACAGUGCUCUUUCAGUCAUUUGUUUUCCUGUUUAAGAAUUAUCCUGUAUAAAUAAGAUCAACUUCUAUAAUGUGCUUAUACCCAUAAACAGAAAGUGUUUCAGUGAGAAUGAUGUGCAACUAUCUGUGUCAUAUGUAGGGGGGCUCCGCCUCACAUCCCCACUUAUGCAUGUUAGUCAUGGGGUGGUGUCACCUGUGGGUCACUGUCACUGUGCAAACAGAAAGCAUGCUGGCUUAUGCUUACAAAGGGCUUGUGCCUUAAUAAACACAGAACAGUAACUCCUCAUCCUUGUUUUCCACAUAUAAACAAAUACUCCUAAAUCUUGCCAGCUUUAGUGCUACCUGUCACGUGAGACAUGCUACUCUGCUUUGUGCUUGUACUGGUCUUGCUGACCUGGUGCUGUACUCCCUGGCUAUGCUUGUUUAAUGAAUUGGCAAUGCCAGAAAUGAAGGGAGCCUUUCUUGAUGGCUUCCCUCCUUCUCCCCUCACAAAAACUAUGCCAUGUACAUGGGUGCUCACCUGCUUCUUUCAACUGAUUAUAGUUUGUGAACCCACCAGGAGAGCUAAUCCAGCCACAGGCAAGGUAGUGCACUGCCAUGGAGCUGACAGGCUACUUGGCAACAAUUCUGAGCAUCAGCCUUGACACAGCAAUAGCCUUGGGGCCCCUGGUGCUGUUAAGUCAUCUCGGGUGCAGCAAGGCAGUUUAAUUCCCUCCUGUCUUAGGAGCAGUACCUGUCUUCUGUACCUAGAGAGGAGCAAGCAGCAAUCCACAUCAGUAAGAACAUUAGGAGGAGUUUCCUGUGGUUGUUGUGGAGGCAGCUUGUGUGCCUUACCCUGCAGUCUAGUGGGUGCAGAACAGCCAGAGAGGUGGAGAGUCAGGCUCUGAAACCAUUUUGUCACAAUCUGCUAGUACAAGCGGGGAUUGUGAUGGUUUGUUUUACUAAUCUCAGAGUGCAAAAGACACACAGCAGGGGACUCUCAGUAUUAAUCAAAACAAAUGCACCUUUUAUUGAAUGUCCUUAGCAAAUGUGAUAGAAGGAUUAGCUAAAGGAUAGAGGGAGAAAAAGAAGGGGGGGACUAGCUGCCAACAGAGAGACAAAAUCCUCAUGGUCCAGCCAAUAGAUCCAUCUUGUCACGUUGGGGAGAAUCUCAAAGUCUUUGGGUCUUUUAUAGUCUUAUGUUGAGGGAACAGGUACAGGACAGUGGAGAAUAAGUUGUUGAGAACAAGUACAGACAGUCCAGUUCCGAACAGAAUAAUUCAGCCCCAGCAGUGAGCAGGACCCAUUGUUUCAGGACUGGGUCCCAUGGGAAACCAGUCUUGGUCCAGCAAACACGCCUGUAGGCAACACCUGGCAGACAUCCUGCUUCAGACAGGCCAGCACCCCUGUGUUAGAAUUUUAAGGGUCUCAGUCCUUGGGGGGGGCUUCAGUCUCCAUCCUUGAUGGUAAUCGUGUGGCAUAUGAGGGAUCUUCCAUGGGGGAUCACCAAAGUUACCCCAGAAAGUCAGUCCUCCUCCAAAGCGGGUGGCAUCUGGCCAAGAGGUGGGGAAAUCCAGGGGCUAUUGCGAUGAGUGGGUACUGUGCAGCAGGUGUAAGUGUACAGAGUGAGCUGCUCCUUGUCAGGCCCUGCACAAAGCAGUGUACUGUGGUGACACAGCAAGCACACCUGUGAACAAUCCCUUGGCAAGCACCCACCUCAGCCAGGCCAGAACUCCAGUCAGGGUCUUCAGCGUCUUGGUGUGUGUCCUUGUGACGGUUGUGAGGCAAAGGAGGGAAACUUCGGAUCAUCUCUUGCACAUUUGAAGUCUAAUUCUGUAAAGGCUGUUACUUUGCCAAAUUAUCAGCUCUUCUUUUAUUUCUCUGACAUCUGGUAGCUUCAAGUAUUUCCUUUUCUUCCCCCAGAAGAAACUAGUGGAAAAUAGUGUGGUUUCUGAGCAGGGCAGUGUCCUGUGCAGGAGCUGGAAGUGCCGUAUGACAGCGUGGUUGAGGAGGAUUGCUAAGUCCUCAUUGGCAGCAAAACCUGUGCAGAAUUCUGCUUUUCAGAAGACUGCCCUAUCUAAUGUUCCAGGUGGAACUCCAGCAAAUUGUAAGAUAAGUGUACCUGUGUGAAAUGAUCAUUGCAUUUUCUCUAAUAUAGGUAUCCCUUUAGUUGAGCUCGUAACUAUUCCCAGAGCUUUCAGCAAAACAACAGAGGAAACUUUCCCUUAAAGAUGUAAUAGGAAGUAUGGGAAGUGAUAGCCUGGGGGAAAAAACCUUCAAUCCCUCAUUUAAUUUACUCUGCCUCUUUGACCUCCCUGACAGAAGGUACUGUUUUGUGAUAACAGCAAAUGUUGCCUUGGAGCCAGUAACGUGUUUGUUUCACAACGCAAUUUUCUUUACUCCAGUACUUUCAGGUCUGCUCUGAAAUCUGCUUUCCUUCCCCUCUUUGCAGCAUGUGACGUAAAAGCAAGUUGUCAAAUAGGUAAAAAACAAUAGAGAGUGAAACACCCUGAUUUGUUGGAGUAACGGUCCAACUUUGUUAUUACAGAUAUGACAUCCAAGUCAGAUAAUUGUUAAAGAUCUCUCUCAAUGUGGUAAGUAUCCCAUAAAUUGUCUGUACUUGGAAUUUGGUUUUAUUUCCUGUUGACUUCAGUCUACUUAUGGAAUAGUAUAACGAGGCUAAUGAAUAUUGCUUAGAGCUAUAAGGCUUCCAGUUUAUUGUAAAAUGUGCUGAAACAGGAUUAUUGCUGCAUUUGUAAUCCCUGUGGUGAACUGUUCUACUUUGGAGCAUGACUUUUCUGCAUGGGAGUAUAGCACAGUCAUGAUUUUAAGAAUGGUACCAAUUUUUGAAAAACGUUUUAAAACGAGUCUGCAUUGCAGCAGUGCACUCUGCUUUACUGAGUGAGGUGUAGGUGAGAGUGAGAGAUCUCUCUGUCAAAUGUCUCCUCACAUGGAAGAGCACAUCAAACCUCCAUACACCCUCCUGUAGGCAGAAAAUUGUUGUGCUGGAUGUCCAAGUGAUGGGUUUUGCUCGUGGUGGUCUUGGUGUGGCCAACCUGUGCCAGCAGCAUGAUGAAGUAGUUAAAACUUCCUCUUCAGUAGCCCUGCCAAGGGAACAUGCCAGCCAAUGAAGCCUUCCCCAAAAUCAGACAGUGGAUGGUGUCCUGCCUUAGGAGACCACAACUGAGAAUGCACCAAUACCUUUAGCUACUUUCAAGACCACUUAAUAGAAAACUUAUUUGUCCUGCUGCUUCUUAGGUGCCAAACCCAGCUGCCUUGCUGCUGCUGUUUGGUCUGUGCAGGUAUUGGCUGAAAAUUAAGGGAAAAGUAUGUGUGUGAGCUAUGGAAAAAAAACCCCUGUGUUUUAAAGUCCAAGCUGAUGUGUGUUGUGUGUUUCUUCUUGCAGAACUGAGAAAGACUUUUGGUGUCUUUACAAAGGAAGUACCACCACAACAGUGGAAGCAGCUUAUGAGAACUCUUCUACAGGAAAAUGAUAUUGAUGAAGUUAUAUCUAAAUUUCCUAAUAAUAGAGAAGAACAAUCAUAUCAGAUGCUUCUCAUCUGGAAAAAGAGACUGGGAAAGAAGCAAUGUAUUAUUUAUCUACUGGAUGCAUUGAGGCACAUAGAUACCAAGGUUUAUUACAGUGUAUUAAACACUUUAAAAAGUCGUAACACUGUAUGUAGGAGCUGAAGAUUAAUGUUUAUGAGGAACUGCAAAAAUGUUCCUGUGUACAUAUGUGUGUCUUAGGACUUCCUUAAAUGAGGGUGUCAGGAACUGCUGGUAGAAAUAGAGUUAGCCUCCUCAGCUCAUGGAGACAGCCGGAAGGGAUGUAAUACCUCUGUUUUUUUCAUGUUUACAUGACCUUCCUACCUCUGAGCCAUAAAAUAUUAAACACAGGUGCUGGAUGCCCACUUCGGAGCCAGGAGCUGGGGCAUCCCUUAGUUUGUGACAGUGCUGUCCCAACCUGCGGGCGGGUACCAGGAGUCCGCUGCUGGUUUUGCGUACUGCGAUGCUUUCGUUUCCGAAACCAUUUUGUGUUGUAUCGGAGUGCUCAGCACCGCUGUGUUUGAAGCACAGCAAUAAAACAGUGGCUCAGACA